AGAACCUAGCGUAAAAGGAUUUGUCAUUCUGUUCCUUUCAUGUUGAAAUUUGCGUGUUUUUAAACAGUAGGUAGUACGCCAUGUUCCUCGUAUUGUUUGUCCUCUUGGCGUCGGUGUUUCACAGAGAAGCUCGCGUCAUAUGGAAUGAUAAAACGGGUCCGGUCAAUCAAGGAAUAGGAUCUCCCAUCAGAGACACAAGCCACGAUAUGGAAGAGUUUUCAACUUCCGACAAAGAAAGUAGAACUUCCUCGCUGGGCUGCUGUACAUGCACGAAAGGAAGAAGACGUUGUUAAUCGAUGUUGAAGAAAAUGAUAACCGAUUUCGUCGAAAACUUAGCUUACAAAUGGAAGUUUAGUGCCUACAGUAUCUCAUACAUCUACCCACCCAAUUCUUUACCUAUCGCUAUGGUAAUUGUCCAUAAAUAAAAGUAAAAUAUUCCUAGUGUUUUAAUUUAUCAAACUAAAUGUAAAUUCUAUACGCUAAAUCGCUUUGACUAUCAAAUAAUUUCCGCCCCGAUAAUGGGGCUAGCCAACAAUUCACAAUAAACUGUUUGUAUGUAACAAUAACCUCUACUUUUUCAACGACGCCAAUCUUUUUGCAUGAUGCCCAUCCAACUCAUUCAAACAAAUUUUAAUUUUAAAAUCAAAAAAUCAUCCGGAUAACGGUUUGGUAUUGAACGAAUAAAAGAAAACGCUGACUAACUAGCGUUAUACUUUUCACACAGACAGAAAAUAUAUGGAUUUUUUCAACUAUCUAUCAAAUCAGUUAAAAUCCAAAAGUUUUAAGCUUGCCCGUUGAAAUUUGGGUAAAAUGGAAAUCUAUUUAACCUGGAUUAUUUUUUAUUCAAAACCAGCAAGGAUUUCAAAAUGGCUAACGAACGAUUCGAAGCGCCCAGCUCUACCGAAGUUUUAAACGCGCAAGCGGUAAUCAGCUGACAACUCCAAUCGAUUCUAACCUGUGCUCUGCGUUUUCGGUUGGAAAUUCUGCAUGAAUUCUGUUUUCAGAGUUUUCCCAUCGAAAUAUGUCUAAGGCGCUGGCCGAAGACGUUUGCGACGGCAUAAAAGAACUAAUAAGGCAUGUCUCAGGAUUUGAUACGGGAUCGGAAGGUUUCGACUGCGUUUUUAAACAUUUUACGACAAAGCUAAGACGUUGCGACACCAUGUAUUUUCUCAACAAACGUGAUGUUGACAGUAGCAUGCAAGGCAUGCGAGAGAAGUUUUGUUUUCAUGGCUUCUUUAGGGAAGCAGAAGCGCUCGUCCAGGUGUACAGUGAAUAUAUUCCCGAAGAUUUGCCCAAGGCACUCCAAACGUCGAGGCUCAAUGUAGUGAAAUUUUUGUUGUGUAUGUCUGAGACGCCUACAAAAAAAUUUCUGGAAAAUCCGCAAGACUAUGUACAGCCAGUGGAUAAACAAGAAAAUGAUGAAAUUGAUUGGACUGAAUACUUGAAUGAAGGCAUUGAGAUAUGGAACCCGGAUCAUGAUAAUGAGAGUGAAGGUGAAGUUGAAGAUUGUUCAGAUUAUUCAAAGAGUCCAGUUGUUCCUGGCAAUAUUCAAUUGCCAACUAUCAGAAGUACUGAGAGAAAGUGUGUCCUAGAUUUGCGGAGCAGUAGAGACGAGUUGUUGGCUACUAUACAGCAUUCAUGGUAUGAAGAGAAUUUUUUUCGGGAUAAACCGGAAAGUGAGCAUAGGGAAGCCAACAUUGCCCUCAUUUGGGAGGAUUUCUUAAGACAUCUAGUGGAGGGAUUUGUGGUGGUAGAAAAUCCGUCCAUAAUCACUGAAUAUAAAGUAAUUCGUGAGGUUUUAUGGGAAAUGUGGGGUUAUCAUACUUGUUCCACAUUCAAAUUGUGCGGCAACUAUGUGCAGCCCAAUGAGCAUAUCACAGUAGCUAGCGUUAGAUGUGUAGGUGUCCAUGGUACUUAUAAAAGUAUUUAUUUAAUCCAUUUUGGAUCUUCUUAGCCCGCUUUCAGCUUGUUUAUGCUAGAAUUUAUUCCUCACAUGAAGUUGAUGGAGUAUUUUAGGGAAUUUGAAGAUUCCCUUGGCGAAUUGUAUGGAAGUGGAAUGGUGGUGUGUCACACAUACAGAAGUUAUGCCAGA